AUGACAUUAACAUGGCGUAAAGGGAAGGGACGAUUGAGACGUAUGACGCGAUCCAUCUUUCCAACGUUACUCGGUAUGAUCGUUGGUAUAUCUGCAACAUUGAUCUUCACAGCUGUACGACGUCUUCCAUAUGAUAUUUGCAGUAAACUUCUAAUGCAAAAGAAAGAACCUCAAUUACUUCUUGUUGGUGUGAUGACAGCAGCAAAAUAUGUGGAUACAAGAGCAUAUGAAGUUUGGAAAACAUGGGCACAACGUAUCCCAGGAAAGUUGCUAUUUUUCGUAGCCGAGGGGACAAUAACCAGUCAUAUCGAUAUGCCAGUAAUUCGUUUGAAAGGUGUCACUGAUAUAUAUCCACCGCAGAAAAAAUCAUUUGCUAUGUUAAAAUGGAUGGCCGAUCAUCACUUGGAUGAUUUUGAUUGGUUUAUGCGAGCAGAUGAUGAUUUGUAUGUGCGAGGAGAACAGUUGGAGGCAUUGCUAAGAUCUCUGGACUCGGAUAAAGCGCACUUAAUUGGUCAAGCUGGAUUGGGUAAUACAGCCGAAUAUGGGCAGCUAGCUCUUGGUCAAGAGGAUAAUUACUGUAUGGGUGGACCGGGUGUUGUGAUGUCUCGGAUGACCUUACGCCUUGUUGCUCCACAUUUACGUUCAUGCUUGAUGGAAAUGUUCACUACGCAUGAGGAUGUCGAACUUGGAAGAUGUAUACGUAAGCAUGUUGGUGUCACAUGUACGUGGAAUUAUGAAAUGCAAACAUUAUUUCAUAAUAACCAAACAGUGCCAAAUGCUUAUCAAGGUAGUUUAACUGAGUUACGUCAUGCUAUCACGUUGCAUCCAGUCAAACAACAAUCAAUAAUGCGUCGAAUUCAUGUUCACAAUCGUAUCCUUCGGCUCGCUACGUUACGUUCUACACGUGUUACAUUAUUAAAUGAAUUACCGAAUCGGAAAGCACCAUCACUUACACGUCAUAUUUCAAAUUCAACCCGUGAUCUUUUCCAUUGGGAUUUUAUUUCAUCAAAUAAUAUUUUAUUUUGUGCUGGCCAAGUGAAUUGUCCAAGGCAUACGCUUGAUUUAAGUAUACGAAUGGCACUCAGUGAAAUUAUUACACAGCUUUUCGAUGAAUUUAAUGCAAAUGCUCGACAGCGGGGUCGUAUAUUACGAUUUCAAAACAUUCAAUACGGUUAUAUGAGAGUUGAACCACGUUAUGGUGUUGAUUAUGUUCUUGAUAUGGUAUUGUGGUUUAAGAAGAUACGUCCACCUCAUAGGCCAACACUUUCUGUUCGUCGUCAUGCAUACAUUCAGCAAACAUUUGGAUCGUUGGAAAUUAUAUCAGAUAGUUUUUUUCGAGAUACUUUACGACAACGUAUCACUAAAAGUAUCGGUCUAUGGAAGCAAUCAAAUGAAUCAAACGAUUUCAAUUGGAAAAAAAUGAAAUUACCACCAGAAAAAUUUCACGUACACAUGAUAUUGCCACUUGCUGGAAGAGCCGAUUCUUUUAAGAGAUUUGCAAAUAAUCUGAGAAUGGUAUGUCUCAACAGACGAAUAUUUUCACUUGUUUUGGUAAUUUAUGAUUCGGUACCCGAUAUCGAUGCAGCAAUUGCAACAUUAAUCGAUGAACUUAAAUUGGAAAUUGAUAUUAUGGUUGUCAAUAUGGGUUCACAACCAUUCAAUCGUGGUGUUGCACUUUCCCGCGGUGCUGAUAUUUUGGGACCGGAUGCUCUAAUGUUUUUUAUUGAUGUUGACAUUCUUUUUACUUGUGAUACUCUUGAUCGGGUUAUACGCAAUACUGUACGUGGUGCUCAGGUAUAUUUUCCGAUAGUAUUUAGCGAAUAUUCACCAGAAACAUGGUCGGAUAGUGAUCGACUACUUUCUGACGCAUUUCAUUAUGGUCGAAAAAGAGGUUAUUUUCGACAUUUCGGAUUUGGAUUGGUGUCCAUUUACAAAUCCGAUUUAGAUCUCAUUGGAGGCAUGAACUUGAAUAUACAGGGAUGGGGCAUGGAAGAUGUGGAUUUUUUCGAGAAAUGUGUUCACUCACCACUACACAUAAUGCGUGCACCGGAUCCAGGUCUUGUUCACAUUUACCACACCAUACACUGUGCUGAAUCACUCCCGGAAAAACAGUAUAUUAUGUGUGUCGGUUCAAAGGCGGCAAGUUUAGCAUCGCUAGAUUCUCUGGUUGAUCAGUUAUCUGUAUAUUCUUGA